AUGGCCAUGCGCCGGGCAACAGUGCAGUACCCAGCGGGCCGGCUAGCAGUAGACGAGCUCGUGGUGCUGCUACAGCCGUCGUCGCCCAACGACGCUCACCCCGACCAGCAGUCCCAGCAGCAGCAGCAGCACGGCCAGCAGCACCCCGGAGACGACUCCGCCGCCCGCUUCUCCCUCCAGUCCAUCUUCUCCGGCGGAAAACCCGCCCCCGCGGGGCUUCCGCCCGCCGCGGGAAGAAACGGCUCGUCAGAUCUAGAUUCGGAUUUAGACGACGAUGGGAGCGGGGGAGGGGGAGGGGGAAGCGGGGGCGGAGGGGGAGGCGGGGGGGGAGGCGGGCAGGGGCAAGGGGGAGCGGCGCUGCGGCAGCUGUGGACGUCGAACUGGCUGGAGGAGAGCGGGGUGGUGGUGGCGGUGCCGUCGUGCUCUGACCGCAUGGCCGUUGGCUUUGGCUCCACACUCGUGCUGCUCGAUGGCCUCGUUGCCGCCGAUAUGGGGCAAUCCGAUCCUGUGGUGAUCUCCCCCGCAUGUGACCGCAGCGAUCGCAUCACAGCCCUGGAAUGGCUCUACUUCGCCCCGCCUCCCUCCGCCCACACUGCCGCACACACCUCUCCGCGCUCCCCUCCUGCUUCCGCCGCCACUCCCCCUAGCCCGCCCCACUCGUCCUCCUCCCAGCUCCCAGACUCCUCCUCUCAGGCUGACUCUCAGCAGGGGGAACACGAUUCUUACCACCAGAAUCAUGCCCACAGCCAACAGCCGCAGCAGGAGCAUCACCAAAACCACCACCACCAUCAUCAUCAUCAUCAUCAUCAUCAUCAUCAUCAUCAUCAUCAUCAUCAGCAGCAGCAGCAGCAGCAGCAGCAGCAGCAGCAGCAAUCGCUGCUGUGUGUGGCCGUGGGCACGGCUGCUGGCUUCCUCCUUAUUUAUGCUGACACGGGCGUGCUGCUGGCUCGACAGAUGGUGCACACACAGGCGGUGCUGCGGCUGCGGGUGCGGGGCGUGGAUUCAGGCAUGGUGCGCAACGAUGGGUCACAGGAGCUUUCUGUCGUCACCCGCAACGCCACCGCCAUCGUUAGCCCCCUGCAACUGCUCCCGCUGCUGCACCGGCGCCUGGAGUCCAUAGCAGCAGCGUCUGCCGUUGCCGCUGCUUCCGCUUCCCGCUUUGCAUCGGCCUUCAGCUUCAUGGGAGGGCCCAAGCGCAGCAGCAGGGAGGAGGAGGCGGGGCAUGCCGUGCCCAUUCCGUUCCUCAAGUGGCGCACGGGGCUGGGCAGCACAAGGUGGAGCGACGGCGCUGUUGUCGGCAUGUUCCCCUCGCCUCUCUUCAACCCCCUGGCGGCCCUUCAGUCCCUCUGUGUCGUGGCAGUUGGGCAAAACCCAUGCAUUGCUGCAUUCGCAGCGACAGAGGAGCCAGAGUGGGUGCAGCUAGCAGCGUCGAUAGUGUCCUCCUCCGCGCCCUCCAACCCCACGCUCCUCGCUCUCGGCAUCGUGCCCCGCAUGUCCGUGCAGCUGCAGCGCAAGCUCAGCGGCGUGCUGCUCAAUGAGAUGGCCGCGGGGGGGGCUGCAGGGGGAACAGCCGCAGGGGGGAAGGGGGACGCUGGUGGGGAAGGUGGAGGGGGAGGCGCAGGGAAAGGGGCGGGUGAAGGGGAGGCGGGAGGGAGAGAAGAGGGAGCAGGGAGUGCCGCAGCAGGAGGAGCAGUGGCUGGUGGCGAGCAGGGGGCGGGAGGGAACAGAAUAGGCCGCAGCAGCAGCAGUGGCAGCGGCGGCAGCGGUGGUGGUAGUGGUGGUAGCAGCACUGGGUCUGCUAGUCACAGUGUGGCUCGUUCUGUUUCUGCUGGUCCUACUCAUACCAAGUCCAAGCUUCCUCCGUUCACCCCAUCAGCAUCAGGACACCACCACUCCACACCUCCACUCCCCCCUCUCCACCCCUCUCUACCCUCUGAAGACUACCGCGCAUUUGGAUUCAACCGGCUGUUCUCCCGUCCGGCCCAGGACGAGCGAUCUGAGCCGUUGAUCCCGGCAGCAGCGACGGAUGCAGGCCGUGCCACGGCGCUAGUGGCGGCGCUAAAAGACCCGCUUAGGAAAGCGACGCACUUAGUGCUGUCGCCCAGGGGGGCUUUAAUGGCUGUGGCUGAUGGGCUGGGGCGUGUUCUGCUCAUGGACUCUCAGAUCUUUGCCGUGCUGCGCAUGUGGAAGGUAUGGCAGCUGAUAACAGGCCCUCGCAUCGCAGCCCUGCGCUGCAGCACCAACACGCGCCUCAUGCAGCCCUCCCUGGGCUUCGUAGUGCCCGCGCACGCACCCACCCACUCCCAGCUGCAGCUGCCGAACAGCAACUUGGAUUCCAGCCCCAGCCUUGGGUCUACCUCUAGCAUGACUGCCAGUGCAAGUGCAAGCCCAAACGGCAGGGUGGAUGGGGUAGGGGUGGUGGUGGUGGAGCAGCGGCACAGGGCGUUUGUGCUGCAUGGGUCUUCCGGGCUGCUCAUGGAGCUCAUGCCCACCAUCUCCCUCGCUGGCGAGCUGGUGGGUGCAGGUAAACCCUCAGCGCAAGCAGCGCUGCUAUCCCAGGCGGACAUAUUCCAGCGGCUGUGCGACCUGCUCAAGCUCAAGCACCGCUCCAAGGACGCUGCCCUCGCCGCUGCUAGGGAGCUGCUCCGGCGGGCCAGGAGGGCGCGUGUGGGAGCGCGGGUGAAAGGAAGGCCUGGUAGGGUGGGUGCAGUGGAGGAGAGGGUGGAUGACGUGGAUGGGAAGGUGGAUGGGAGGGUGGAUGAGGUGGCGGAGAGGAAAGUGGUGGAUGGUAGUGGGACUGAUGCUGGUGCCGAUGGCAGUGGCAGUGGUGGUGGUUGUCGUGUUGACGGUGAUCAUUGGGGGCCAAGUGCGGGGUCAGGAGCAACGAGUGAAGGCCAGAAGGACACGGAUGGUGAUGCAACGCAGAAGGGUAGUGGUGACAGCAACGGGGAGAAAGAGGAGGAGAAGGAGGAGGAGAAGGAGGAGGAGAAGGAGGAGGAGAAGGAGGAGGAGAAGGAGGAGGAGAAGGAGGAGGAGAAGGAGGAGGAGAAGGAGGAGAAGGAGGAGAAGGAGGAGGAGAAGGAGGAGGAGGCGCAGGGGAGGGGGCCAGAGUUGGAGGAGGAAGAGGAACAGGAGGAGGUGGAGGAGGAGGUGGAGAGGUGGGGGGAGGUGGGAAGCCAGCAGUGGGAGGAGAAGGUGGUGGGAGUGCUGCUGGCUGGCCUCACUUCUCCCUUUCGCAAGCUGCAGGUCCUUGACUUGCUAAUUGCGAGCCGGCCGUCCCUCUCAGCUAAGUGUCACUUAGCCAUACUGGAAGAUGUUCUAUGCACGUUAGAGGUCUCCCUAGCUGUCGCUCAUCUGCCUCCCCCCGAACUUCCCCGCCUUGCGGACAUAAGCGAGGGUGGGGGAGAAGGGGGCGGGUCUGAGGGCGUGGAGGGGGGUGGCGGAGUGAGGAAGGAAGAGGAGGGGGGGAAGGUUGGAGGGAGCAAUGGGGGAGCGGCGAGUGAGAAUGAUUCAGGUGUGGCGACGGGUGGCAGUGGUGCGGGCAUAGGUGGGGAUAAGAAGGCUGGGCUAGCAAUGAGUGAAGUGGAUGAGUCAGGAAUGGAGCAACCGCAGCAACAGCAAGCGACAGCUGGCAAAGACGGGUAUGAGCUGCUGCCUCUGGUGACAGAAGGUGGAGAGAAAGAGGAUUCAGAGAAGCCGGCGGGAGAGAAUGGAGUGGAUGAGAGAGUGGGUGAUGGGGCAGGGGAGAACAGGACUGGGGAGACGGAGAAACGGGGAGAGGGAGAAGCGGAGGGGGGCGAUGAGACGAGUAAGGUGGCCCGAGGGGAAGGUGAGAAGGGCGGGGAGGAGGCACGUGGGGUGGUAGGAGGCAGGGCGGCAGCGGCGGCGGCGGUUCAGAGUGAGUGGUUGAGAGGGGUGGAUGUGAGCAGGGUGAAGAGAGUGGAUGACAAGUUUGUUCCGUUUCUGGAGCAGCGUGCGCGUGCCCUGCGGUUCCAGCACCUUCUCGUGGAGGUAUACCUGCAACUGGAGAACGAAGCUUCUGCCACUGCUGCUGCUGCUGCUGCGGCUGCUGCGGCUGCGGCUGCAGCUGCGGCUGCUGGUGCUGAUGGUGUAGGGGAUGUUGACGGUGCUGGUGAUGGGGGAGGGGAAGUUGGUGGGGGGAGGAAGGGGGAGGAGGGCGACAGGAAGUCGAGGAGAGGGGUGUCUCUGGACGGGACAGGCUUCUGGCGAAGGCUUCCUGCGCCUGAACUGAGGACCACGGAUACGGACAGAGAGGAGGAGGAAGAGGAAGAAGAGGAGGAGGACGAGGAGGAGGAGGAGGAGGAGGAGGAAGAGGAGGGCCAGGAGGGGAACACAGACAGCUGGAGCGUGCAGGCGAGGGGGCCGACAGGGGCGCUGACCGAUGCAAUCGAUGCCAGAGCAGGCAGCUGCAGCAGCACGGGCAGAGCGGCAAAGGGCAAGAGGAUCCGUAGGAGGUCGAUGAGCGAUAUGGAGGCGGCACUCACGGUCUUCCGCGCCCGGUACGAGGCUCUGGUUGCUGAUGUGGGCGCGUGGAUUGCUGGCUGUGCCGUGGAGUCCCAGCUGAACAAGCUCUGGAUGGAAGGAGAGGAUGAGCAGACGAAAGCCCUGGGAGAGGAGGCUUCUGGUGGCAAGGGCACGGGGGUUGAUGGUAGUGGUGGUGGUGGCGGCAUUGGAGGGAUGAUAAGUGGAAUUGGGGGGAUUAGCGGGAUUGGGGGGCUGGGAGAGGCGAUUAGUCGGAGUGACAGCGGCGGUGGUGGCGGUCCGGUGGGUGCGAUCAGCCGCAGCAGCAGCAGCGCGAGUCAGAUGAUGGAAGAGUUUGGCAGCAGCAACAGCAGCAUAGGCAGCAGCAGCAGCAGCAGGAGCCACAGCACUACGACUUCUGCUGCCACCAGUCCCAAAGCCUCCGCCCUCUCAUCUGCUGCUCAACGCCCGUUUGCAUCUAUGUCUGCCCGCUCGCUCGCCGCUGCUGCAGCGGCGGCUGCUGCGGCGGCUAUGCAGGGGACGUCUGGGGAGCAUGUGCCGUGUGUCAUGUUUGUGCGGUCCUUUGCCUUUGACCUCACGCGCAGCCCCUACUGCCACCCUGCUGCUCUAACAGCGCCCGUAACUGCUGCUGCUGCUGCUGCUACAACAGCUGCUGCCGGUGCUGCUGCUGCUGCUGCCACUGCCGGCGCCGGUGUGUCUCACGGGGCUGACAGGGCGCUGAGCAUUCAGAAGAGGGUGAGGGUGCGGUGGGGAGCAGGCACAGACCACUCCAACCUCCCCUCUGGAGCCUCCUCCCCUGCGUGCACCCCCUCCACCACUCCCUCACCUGCCGCCUCUUCUCCGUCCUCCGCCUCUGCCCUUUCCUUUGUGCCCUCCGCGUGUGCCCCUGCUCCUCUCCCCACCGCAAGAGCAGCAUCACCAGCGCCGUCCCAGCCAGAUCCCCGGCGUGGCUCGGGUGUUAUCUGGCUCUGCCGAGCGGCAGAUGUGGACGAGUUAGCCGCCCUGGCUAGAUUCUUUAUGGGGAGAAUCUCCCAUGGGACGGCAGGGCUAAGAACUUUGCUCUCAGCCAUGCACAGGCUAAGGCUUCCGAGGGAGGAUUGGCAGUGUCUGUUUCUGGUCUGGCUGCGCUCGGUUCCUGUUCAAGACAUCCUGACCGUCGAUCUCCCGGUGCUGGUCGAGGUGGUCCGUCGGAUCGGAUGCCGGCGGGAGGAGGUGGAAGGAAGGAAGACGGCGAGAGUGGUGUUUUCGCGGGGGAGGAUGGGAGGGAGGAAUAGAGGAGGGGAGAGUGGGAAGCGAGGGGAGGGAGGCCUGGAGGGGGGUCUCUCUAACAGUGUGCCCCCGGGGGGAAGGUACCCGUUGCUGUUUAGCUGGUGCCAGGUAACCGGGGCUGCUGCCAAGGCUCUGUUUCUGGCUCGGAUCUGCACUCAGGUGAUAAAGGAGGAGCUGCUGGAUACCAUACCUGGACGAGAGCCUCAGAAGGGGACAGGCACGGCACGGCAGCAGCAGCAGCAGCAGCAGGCAUCAGGGGGGGCGCGGGAGGAGGAUGAGCAUGGAGGAGUGGCUGGUGGUGGCCGGAGUGGGUCUGGCAGGCUGAUUGUGGCUCCUCCAAAACCUAAAGAUAAUGAUCUGUGGAUUGAGCACGGGCUGGAGCAAUGGCUGCACCUGUCAAGCCACGUGGAAGACGCAUGGUUGCUCGGCCGAGCCAUCAUCCACGUCUGCAAGCUCUCCUCUGCCCGAGGCUAUCCGGUUCGGCAGGGCCGCCUGCCGUCCGCAGCUGAGGUCCCCACCUUCCCCGUGCCUCUCUGGGUGGCUCGGUUGCAGCUGCUGCUGUCCCCUUCCGCUCUAUUCACGUCUCAGUUGCACCGAGCUCUGCUGAAAGUGGAAAGACCCGAGCUGGUGAGGGAGAUGGCAAAUGAGAUGGUUGCACAAGUGAGGGUGGUGGAAAGAGGGAGAGGGGAGGAGGGGUUGGAGAGAGGGAGUGGGGGAAGCAGUGCUGGUGGUGGUGGGGAGGGGAAGCUGGGUGGUGGGGAAGGUGGUGGGAAGGGAAAGAAGGAUAGGAGGAAGGUCAAGGGCAGGACAGCAGGAGGGGACGGGCCUAAGGGCGUGCAUGGGGAGGGAGGGGCACUGAAGGGAAGUUUGGUUUCGGAUUGGGAAGUGGAAAAGGUGGAUGGUGAGAAGGUUGAAGGGCGGGAAGCUGAAGAGGCAGCAGAGAAAGAGGAGAAAGCGGGAGAGGAGGAGAACGACGAGGGGGAGGACGAGGAGGGGGAGGACGAGGAGGAGGAUGAUGAUGAGGAUGAGGCAGCAGAGGCAGAGGAGGAGCGGCAGAGGGAGGACGAGAGGGAGUCGGUGCAGCUGCUGCGCGAGAUGCUGGACCGGUUUCCCGAGAGCUGCCAUGCCGACAUCUUGGCGUCGCACCGAGCCAUGGAGCUGUGUCGCCAGUGGUCCACUGCCUUCUUCCAGAGCGUCAAAGCUGCCCAUGUGCCUCCCAAACCGCCUGCCUGUGCGCCGGCUGCUGCCUCUGCUGUUACUGCUGCUGGUGGUGGUGCUGGUGCAGUUGCAGGAGCAGCCGGUGGGGCGGUUGAUGGAGAGACUCCAGGUCGUUUGUCUGCAGAGGCAGCAGGGGCAGAGGGCGCAGCAGCAGCUGCUUCUGCUGCUGCUGCUGCUGCUGCUGCUGCUGCAGAGGGUGGUAGUAGUGGCAAGGCAGAGGGCGACAAGGAGAAGGAGAAGAAUGGCGGUGCGAAGCAGAAGAAGCUGGAAGGCGCGGAAGGCAGGAACGGGCCGGGGUUGUCGAUGUCGCUAGGAGGCUACGAUGCAGAGCCCAGCGACCUGCUCUUCUUCUCCCACGAGCAUGUGUCCCCGCUGCCCACGGUUGCACUCAAGGGCGGCAUGGUCUGCUCCAUGUGGCAGUCCCUCAUUGGCCAGCGCGCAGCCUCGGCAGUGGCCCUGGUGCAGAGGCUCGGGAGGUGCCCGACGGAUGCGGAGUGCGAGCAGUCACUGGGUAGGGUUGUACUUUCAAACUCCUUUCCUGCCUCUCCGUGUCUCAACUCUCGCCCCGCUCUCCAUAUCCCCUCCUCUCUCCCACACCUCAAACACACUCCCCUCCUUCCUCCACCCACCCUCCUCCCCGCGCCAGGCAUGGGCAGUGAAACCACAGCAGAAGCAGCGGGCGCGGUGGGAGCAUACGAGCAGAUGCUGGUGCUGCUCUACGACUGCACACUCCUCCUUGAGUAUGGGGACGGGGCAGACGAGCACUCAGCCAGCCACGAUGCAUUUGUCUCAGCACACGACUCCAUGUGCCGGGAGGCCAUAUCGGAUUUCAAGCAGGCGCCGCCGUCAGCAGAGACGCUGCAUGCAUACAUGCUGCUGAUCCGCACCAUCGGGGUGUCUCUUGCGCUGGAUGUUCCUGUGGUGCCUCUUGCGUCUAUGUUUCCGCCCGCGCUGCUCUCUGGAUUUCCCGCGCUUUUCCUGACUCUUCAGCCAGAUGAUUCAGCUUCAGUGACAAAGCGCACAGAAGCGCGGCUGGAGUUCCUUCUCGCUGUGCUGGCCGCACAGAAGCGCCGGGCUCACCUCAUGGCUAAUGCUGAUGCUGCAUUGAACAAGCUCACUCGCCGCUCGGAGCAUUUACGAGUCUAUCAGCGGCGAUAUGCAUCCACGUCUGCCUUUGCUUUGGCAGAGGAUCUAGGGGUUCCCCAUCAGGAGCUUGAGCGGCGGCACCAUAUCCUGAAUUUCCUUUAG